AUGAUCAUUGGUCUUUCCAGGACAAGACUAUUAGCGUCGUCAUAUACUGCUAGAUCCAUUUUAUUAAGGCCGUCGUUUCCAUCAGUGAGGUAUUUACAACAACAAUCAACUGAUAAUAACUUUUUAUAUAUCAAUAAUUUCCAACAAUUACAGACAAAGAUAUCUGAUAUCCAUGAUACCAUUAAUGAAACCAAUAUUAUAGAUGCAUUGAAAUCUUGUAAGACCAUAUAUACUCAAUAUCCAAUCCAACAGAAAUUAGAACCAAAUUCAAAACUUAUACGAGGAACUAAUGAAAUCAUCGAUACUAUUUUCAAUCAUGAUAAUAAUAAUAUCCCAUUUUCCCAAUCAUUAUUAAAACAAAUAUUAUUAUUGAAUUUACCAACCAUAUCGAAUUUAAAACUUAUAAAUCUUUAUUAUGACAAGAAUCCAUCUAAAUCCACUAUCAUCGAUAAAUCAACUGCUUUAAUCGCUCUUCGAAAUGCCAUUAAUAAUGCGGAAUUUGAAAGAGCAAUUAAAGUCUCUGAUAUCACAGUUGGACAUCCGAAUUAUAUCGAACAUAAUAAUCAAAUUUUAAAACUGGGAUUGAUUAGAUUAAUCGGUACGUCAUUAGCCAUCACUAUAAUGUCUAAAUUCGGAGCUAAUUUUCUUAUUGAAGUUGGAGAAUUAUCAUCAGGUUGGAGACAUUUAGGAUCAUUAAAUUCGAUGAUUUUAACGUAUUUCCUUAAUUCAAGUUUUUUCAUCACUAUUGUUAGAGUUGGAAGACAAUUAAUUAGUUCCGGAGGUGAUUAUUUAACCUGGCAAAAGGGGACUUUCUAUACUCAUUGGUUUAAACAUGCUGAUGAAAUGUUAUUUUGUUCAAAAAUCGUUGAAGCUGAUCGAGAAUUAAAUGGUGGUGAAAAUAAUCCAGCUUUAAUUCAUGAAUUAUGUCGAGAAAAUGAUGAUACUAUAACUUUACAACAUACUCUUCAACCAGGGUAUACUAGAGAUGGACAAAAAAUUAGAUUAUUAGAAGCUAAAGAUAAUUUAGAAGAUAUUAGAAUGCAAGCUUAUUGGAUGAGUGGAGGUGAUGGAUUUGAAUGGGUUGAACCUGAUCAAGAUCCAGCUGAAAUCAUUUGGAAAGACCAUUUAUCCCAAUAUACUAAUCCAACCAUUGAUAGUGAUAAUAAUACUAAUAAUGAUAGAAGUUUGAAAUGGGCUGAUGAUUUAAUUGAUCUGAAAUAA